AUGCUCUCAGAUCUAUUCCUAAGUCGGUCGCGGACUCAGCUGUAUGGAUAUGACAAAGUUCGCGUACCUUUCCACGCCAUUCGCGCUGCACAGUUGAUCUCCAGUAUCAUCGUUGGCAGUAUAAUGGCAUUCUUCAUCUAUCAUCUACAACACGACAACUGGCCGACACCGUGGACCUUCAAAGUGCUUAUGAGCGUUUCGUGGAUUACGAUAGCUAUCCUGGCUGUUACCAUCGCCCUCCAUCUGCGUGUCGGUCUCAAUCCUCAACUCAACCUCAUUCUCAACUCCACUGUCUUCGUCAUUUGGACUAUUGGAUUCGGCAUGCUGUCUUGGUGGAUGUGGGGCACUCUUACACACUAUUGCGACGUCAGUCACUGGAACGACGGCACUGGCAUUAUGGUCUGCAAGAUCUACAAGGCUCUGUUCAGCUUUGCGCUGCUAGGACUGAUCUCUACUCUUCUGGCAAUCGCACUGGAUAUCCACAUCAGCCGCAUGAACACUCUACGCGGCCAACACUUCCGCUUAAACAUCUUCGGCGACAGAAAGACCAGCGAAACUCCUAUGAAUGGCCCAUACACCGAUGUCAACUCCCGAUCAAACUCACAAGACGAUCUCAACCACUCGAACGAGAGUCUACCACACGUUGCAACCGGCGAUGCAUUCGAGAUUCCCAAGACAGGAUCGCAAAAGACUAGAGCAGGAUACACGAUUCCGGAAUCGCAAUUUGACUAUGAGACUGGAUAUUUCGGAGGUCAUGCUGAAAGAGUAUUUGGCGCAAAGUAG